AUGACUUUUGUGCCGUCCUGGAUUCUUGUUGUAAUCUCCUACCUCAGUUGUCCUACAGGGUUUAUCAAAGCUGAGCUCCAGGCGGGGAAGAACGUCAGGUCACUCUUACAAGAGACCACUAAACCUCAGCGAUUAAUCCACGAUGUUCACUCAGGAAAGGAAAUCAAACACAACCGACUGAGCACCAGGGUCCGGAACAACAGCACAGCUUCUCAUUUUAUUCACCUUGCACAAGCAAGCUUCCUGAUAGAAGUAUUUGGUUCAUCCUUCAUUUUGGACCUAGAUUUGAACCAUGAAUUGCUGUCAGCACAUUACGUUGAAAGGCAUUUCGGGGAUGAAGGAAAGACCACACAGGCUUUGGGCAGUGAACAUUGUUAUUACCAUGGAAACAUCAGAGGAAACCCCAACUCCUUUGUGGCUAUGUCAACAUGUCAUGGACUGAGUGGUGUGUUUAAUGAUGGAAACUUCACUUACGUUAUUGAAGUAAUGCAUGGCAAAACUGAUCAGCAUGAUCAACAACCUCAUAUUACAUACAGAUCUCCUGGGUUUGAGAUUCCUGUGGGAUGUACAUCAUCUGGGUGCUUUACUGAUGCCAACAUGCAACAGAACUCUCCUCCAGAAGUUCCAAGGACACGAACCAAACGACAGGUACACCGAGGCCCUCAUACUGUUCUGAGAGAAACCAAAUACAUUGAGCUGAUGUUGGUCAAUGACUACACCCUGUUCACAAAGCGACACUACUCUGCUUCACUUACCAGCAAUUUUGCCAAAUCAGUUGUGAAUCUUGCCGAUGCUAUAUUCAAAGAACAAUUGAAUACACGGGUUGUACUGGUUGCUAUGGAAACUUGGGCAUCUGGAGACAAAAUAGAUAUCAAUGCAAAUCCACUGGUGACGCUGAGAGAUUUCAUGAAGUACCGACGAAGCUCUGUCAGAGAAAACAGUGACGCCUUUCACAUGCUUUCAGGCCAAACAUUUGAGUGUAGUCACAGCGCAACAGCCUACAUUGGAGGAAUGUGCUCUUUAUCAAAAGCCGGAGGGAUUAAUGAGUAUGGAAAUUUAGGUACAAUGGCCGUCGCACUCGUUCAGAGUUUGGGUCAAAACCUUGGAAUGAUGUGGAAUAAGCAUCUUGCAGGAGCAAGUGAGUGCUGGUGUCCUGAUGCCUGGUCUGGUUGUAUAAUGGAUGAUAUGGGAUACUAUUUCCCGCAAAAAUUUUCAAGGUGCAGUACCAACGAAUACAGACAGUUUCUGCAGGCUGGAGGAGGCACCUGUCUUUUCAAUAAGCCUCAAAAGCUAAUUGAUCCUCAAGAAUGUGGAAAUGGGUUUGUCGAAACAGGAGAAGAAUGUGACUGUGGUUCUGAAACUGAAUGUGACAAAGUUGGUGGCAAAUGCUGCAAGAAGUGUACCCUUACCCACAAUGCAAUGUGCAGUAAUGGACUCUGUUGCCGAAAUUGUCAGUAUGAACCACGAGGUGUGAUCUGCAGGCAGGCAGUGAACGAGUGUGACAUUGCAGAGACUUGCCCAGGAGACUCCAGCCAGUGCCCUGGGAAUGUGCACAAACUGGAUGGCUACUAUUGUGACAAUGAACAGGGGCGUUGUUAUGGUGGAAGAUGCCAAACCAGAGACAAACAGUGCAGUUACAUCUGGGGUCGCAAUUCGGCUGAUCGAUUCUGCUAUGAAAAGCUGAAUGUCGAAGGGACUGAGAAGGGAAACUGUGGCAAAGAUGGCCAAAGCUGGCUUCAAUGCAGUAAGCAGGAUGUGCUUUGUGGUUAUCUUUUUUGUUCCAAUAUCACUCAGCCUCCAAGACGUGGGGAACUUAGUGGAGACAUUACCAGCAUGGUAUUAUACCAUCAGAACAAGUACAUAGAUUGCAGGGGAGGCCAUGUUGUACUGGAUGAUGGGACCAGUCUUGGUUAUGUAGAAGAUGGCACUGCCUGUGGACCCAACAUGAUGUGUCUCGAUCGCAGAUGCCUACCAAUACAAGCCUUCAACCUGAGCACGUGUCCACAGAGCUCAAGUGGAGAAGUUUGCUUUAACCACGGGAUAUGUAGUAAUGAGGCAAAAUGUAUAUGUGUCCGUGACUGGACAGGGAAGGACUGCAGUGUCUUUGAUCCAUACUUGGAACCAACUCCAGCAGGGAGUACUGAUGGACAGUACAAGGGUCCUAGUGGUACCAAUAUCAUUAUAGGGUCCAUCGCAGGCGCCAUCCUGGUGGCAGCCAUUGUCCUAGGGGGGACUGGAUGGGGAUUUAAGAACAUUCGCAGAGGAAGGUAUGAUGCCACACAACAGCAAGCAAUUUAA